AUGCGGCGAUAUCUCCGUAAGGAGUUGCGGCCAGCAGUCCUUUACCAUUCCCCUGUGGAUGAACAACACCCUGAGGAUCAGCGGCUCCUGCAGGAGGUAAAAUUGCUGCUGACAGACUACUGGCCACACCCAGUUUUGGAGUUCAGCGGUUACGUCUCCACAGUGUACAGCUGCUUUUGGGCCGUCAUGCCUUCCAUGCAUAUGAGGGGCCACAUGGAGGUCCUGGAUUUGUCAGACGGAGGUACGAUGUCGCUGCACUGGUAUGAGCCUCCAACAGUCAACACAAACAAGGUCGUCGUUCUGUUACCUGGCUUGAACAAUGACAGCCACACCAGUUUCAUCCAAAGUGCUAUGCGGCAUUUCCGGAGCGAAGGCUUUCAAGCGGUUGCCUUGAACUACCGGGGUCUUGCUGGGCUGAGGCUAAAGACACCCAAGAUUGCCUGCGGCGACUGCUUCCGCGACAUGCCAGAUGUGGAAAACCACCUCGCAAAGACAUGUCCUGAGGCGGAAUUUUCAGCCGUCGGUUUUUCUAUGGGUGGAUCCAUUUUACUUCGCCACUUGGGGGCAGUUGGCGCCAAUACACUGUUUUCAUCUGCGGUCACGGUAGCAGCUCCGGUGGACCUGGAAGCUGUGAUGAAAUCAUUCACCUCCAGUGCCCGGAAAAAGCUUGUGAGUUUUGCCAUUGCGUCGGGCGUGAAAUUGUUGAUGCUCCAUGAACUACGGAAGUCCCAGUUUGCACAGCUUGUAGACAUGAGGAAGGUGCUUACAGCCGGAAGUCUUGCAGACAUCGAUGAAGCUGCUAUCUGUCCACUGCACGGUUACGCCACAGCUCCCGAGUACCACAGAGCCAUUAGCGCACGCCCUCACCUUGGCAACAUCAGAAUUCCCACCCUUGUGGUGCAGUCAGAGGAUGACCCAGUCAUCAGCUAUAACACCAUGCCUUUCCAGGAGUUGCGAAGGAAUCCUCGGAUCUAUGUUGCUGUCACAAAGCGAGGUGGGCACAUUGGAUGGGGAAGUGGUGGGUUGGGAGCUGGGGCAUGGACAGAUACAAUGGCUGCACAUUUUAUGCAAGCAACCUCCCGUACCCGGAGCCGGAACGUUGAAGGGACGGGCGCUGAAGGAGCGGAGGACCGCCCCUUCACGUUACCUUCGCGCCUUUGA